AUAGCCAUAGGGUUUCCAUGCUAACAUCUACAACUUUCCAGAAGCCUUCAGGUUUUUAUAAAUAUAGGUUGUCAGAAUGCAAAUAUCCACAACUGGAAGAAGUUUUAGGAUUGAUCGAGAAAUAAACAACGCCGAGAGGAAAAAAAUUGAGUCGCAUCUCUGAUUUGACUCCUCUAUUUCACCACAGCAUUUGAACAGACACCUCCUUCAUCCUGCCCUGCUCACAGUAAUGUGCAUUAACACCAGACAUAUUCUGGUUUUCCAACAGUGUGAUGUGGGUCGGAAAGGUUAUUUGUCCAGAGAAGAUCUUAAGAUUGCAGUUGUCAUGCUUUUUGGAUACAAGCCAUCAAAGUCAGAGACAAAUAUUUUGAUGGAGAAUGGCUCUAUUAAGGACUAUCCAGGGGUCCUGCUGGAGCGGUUUGUGUCUCUCAUGGGAAGGAAAAUGUCAGCAGAAGAUCCGUAUGAGAAGAAAAGGCAGAUCUUCAGUGCAUUUGAUGUACACUGUCGUGGCUUCUUGAAGCUGGAUGACUUCAAAAGUGCCUUCAAGCGAGUUGCUCCUCAUCUGCCAGAAAGGACUGUGCUGGAGGCUUUCCGGUAAGAGUUCAGGUGCAUG